AUGACAGUGAAAGCAACUGACAGAGACGGAGAGAGAGACAGAGAGCAUGUAUAACUGAUUGAUUUUACAACACAGACCUAAAAAUAAUUUUUUUUUGUAACUUUUUGAUGGCUGACAGUCUUGUGUGGAGAGGACACAGACAGAGAAGAAGUCUCUACAACGUGGAUAAUAAUUGCCUUAAUGUACUGUAUUUGUCAGUAAUUUGUAUAAAAAGCCCUUGAUAUGGUUAUCUUUCCUUGUCUUCUGGGCUGACAAGAGUGUUUCAAAGUUGGAGGUUUUGAUUUAUAGGAAUUCUGGAGCAUUUCUUUUAGUUUUUAAUAAUGUCUGGAGGAGCACUUAUUCACCUGCCAGAGUUACUUUGGAUGAUGUGUCUCUGUCAAGCUGUGUGUGUAAAGGGCAGUAACCUUUGGGACGUGCCCACUAGCCACCUCCAUCCAUCCACCAACUUUAGUUCCAAGCUAUUUUGGGAGCCACAGUGCCAAACUCAGCUCCGCCAUCUGCAGGACAGGACCAGAAUUACAGCUACCAUCCCACCAAGGUUGGAUGGUCACUGGGUCUCAUCCAGGUGUGAGGUGAGGGCUGGUCCAGAGUUUCUCACUCGCUCUUACAUCUUUUACCCUACACGACUUUUUAAAGCCUUCCAGCACUACUACUGUGACAGUAACUGUCAUGUACCAGCCUACUCUCUUAUAAUCCAGGGCAAAUUGCGACUCCGUCAGGCCUCCUGGAUCACACAUGGGGCCACGGAGGCAGAACACAAUCUUCAAAAGGUCACUCUGGUGAUCCACAACCAGUGGGCUGCCCAUCGUCUUGAAACCCGGCUGCCCUCAUCCUGCCUAAGACUUGGUUCUGGAGUACAACUGGUUCCUAGCAAGCUAUAUGAGCUUUUCAAUGCCAAGGCUAAGAGAGACUGUCUGGGUGCUCUGCACUUUUCCAUGAUGGAGCUGGACUUGUUGAGGUUGGAGAUCCAGUAUCAUCCUCUUCACCAGCCAUCAAAAGAGCUGUUCCUGGGGGAUGUGCAUACAGAUCAGAAUCAGAGAGCCCACUACAGACCUACAGGAUAUCAGCAACCUCUGCAGAAUACCAUGCAUCACAUCCACCCGUGCCCUGUGUGUGCUUUGAUGUACCAGUCUUCUGAGCAAAGCCCUCCCAUUUUACCUCCAUCUUGGUCCAUUCCUCUGAAUUUAAAUGGUCACUGGAUAAGCCAGCGUUGUGAGGCCCGGCCAGCUGUUCUCUUUCUCACUCGACUCUUUGUGUUCAAUGAAGAACACCAUACCUGGGAGGGCACCUACCAUCACUACUCUGACCCCAUGUGCAACCAUCGCACAUUUACACUUGUGGCAUCAGGGCACUAUGCCCGCAUGGAACCCUCUUCUAAAGUACAGGGUGCCACUGAGCUGGUCUUCAAGGUGAUACGUGCAAAGGUUACAAUGUUUGAGCAAACAAUGCUGCAAAUGUUGAAUUCAUCAGAAGAGGGAAGUUGUGGGCAGGCAGGAGGAUGGGAACCAGGAGCUGAGCAAGACAUAACAUGGACAGCAGGUUGUGGUAUGCUGGGGAUAUUACUUCCACACAAAGAAUAUGAGCUGUUUAAAAUGGAGAAGGAUCAUAAGAACCGGUCACUGUUGCUCAUUGGAGAAAGGCCCACAGAUGGAAGCAGCCCUGAUCGACCAGUAAAAAGGCCCACAUCCUUUCAGACUCCAAUGGUUCAGUGUAGUCCAGACACAGCAGUUCCACAACACUAUAGUUCCCGCAGUGAUGUAUCAACAGGACCGGAGGUUAGCUCAGCAAUUAUACAUCAUUCUGUCUUCAGUAUUUUUUUGAUGUCACUACUGAGUAUGUGGUACUGGUGUAUACUAGUGUACACCUAAGUAAUCCAUCUUCAUGUAGAGGAUUACAGUACCAUUUCCACACACUGUUCAAAUGCUGGCACACCUUUGAUGGGAAUAGCACAAUAUUCUUGGGCUAAUAGAGUAAAUUAGGUGAUCUAAUAUUAAAUAUAUAUUCACAGCCUUUUAAAGCUAUCAAAAAUGAUCAAUAUUCUUCUAAUGGGAAAACAAAAUGUACAUAUGGUUAUAUGUCUGUAUUCAUUAUGGACAUUUAAGAGGCUGUUCUAUGAGGCAUUUGGGUAGAAAAUAAAAAGACAAGCAGAGACUUUAUUUUUAAAUGAUAUGAAAACUGUCAUUGCUGCCAGAAUGGAUCCAGAAACAUUCCAGAGAUGAAUGCACAGAGAAGUCAAACAAAUCCAGAGGAAAAGAUUAUCCAAACAGCUGACUGGAAGAUCAAUGGGUUUUCCACAAACAGUCUGAGGAAGCAUCUGGUUCAUUUUGGCAUCUAGACAUCAUAAUAUUUGAUCUUGUGCUGAUUAUGUUGGCAAAUUAGCAUUGGCUAAUAGGAACACAUUCAACAUGACCAAGAAGUCUCGUAAAAAUUACUAAGUAUUUUUUUCUACAAUGUUGUUUAUAAGACCAAAUGACAUCACUCUUAUCUCUUGUGUAAUAACAUAAUUCAAAGUAGCGAUAACUAUCUAAU